AUGUAGUAAAGGGUAUGGUGUCCUAAUAUGGAUGUUAAUAAUAUCAAAAUUAAUUAUUGUUCAUCAGUUUCAAGGUAGAUACUUCUAUAGAUAAGUAAAAUGUUUUUGAAUUUAUUUUAUUAAUUAAAAUAUUCAAAUUAAAUCAGCAUGAAAUUCUCACUUGAAUUAUCGGAUAAUACGCAUAAAGUGAUUGGAUUUGUUUGCUCAAAUGUAGUUGAGAUUGUGACGUUGGCCUAUUAUGCUACUAUCGAAACGGACCUACUUAUAGAUAUUGAUCUUGAUAAAGUUAAAAUUACUGCUAGUGAGAUGAUUUAAAUUAAUGAUGCUGAGAAUAAAAUCAAAGCUUAUAAAGGCUUAUCUGUAACAGGAAGUAUUUUUCUGAUGAUCACUUGGUGUUUAUAGAUUUUGCUGAUCUACAGAUAUAAUUAAAAAAUGUUAUACGCAAUUUUUGGAAUUAAUACCUUUUCUAUUUUAAUAUUGUUGGUUGGAAUGGGAAUUCAAGAAUCAGAGAUGGAAUAAGUAAGCGUAAGCUUUAAUGCUCCAGUGGCAUUUUGGUUCAUCCAAUUGACUCUGUACAUCAUGAGUUUAGUGAAUUUGCACAAUUUCAGACAAUAGGAAGGAAAUUAAAAUAUGGAGGGUAAAAAUCAAAAGAAAGAGGAAACUGAUGAUUCAAAGAAGCAAGCCUAGAACACCUCCACAUAAGCAAAUUAAAGUUAAGUAGUUAUGAUGGGUAACAAUGAAUCUUAAUUCACUCAAUAACAAUAAGUUGUAUGA